AUGGCUAAUGCGAAAUGCGGCGUCGAUAAAGGAGGUGCGUUUUUAACGCAUAAGAUUUAUCCCGAGAGUGAAAGCUUUCAACUGAUCAUCACCACAGCAGAGGUAGCAGGACUGUCGUUAGAGGUUGCCCUAGAGGCGUUUGGUGAGCAUUUCGUCGCCUACUGCCAGGAGAUGGGUUACGGCAACAUCCUGCGAGUUUUGGGCAGCAAUCUCAGAGAAUACAUGAACAACCUAGACACCCUACACGAUCACCUAGAGCUACAGUAUAAGGGCAUGGACGCCCCGUCGUUCAGGUGUGUGGAAGAAAAUGACGGGAGUUUACUCCUUCACUACUACAGCAACAGACAAGGUCUUUAUCCCAUCGUUAGAGGCAUCGUACGCUACGUCGGACAGGAAUUCUUCGGCCAGCAGGUUGUGGCAAACUUAGAUACUGACAUCAGCGACACAUCUGAUCACGUGGUACUGCGGAUCACCACGGAGGGCAUGGACGUCGACGUAAUGGCGGACGCCCUUAAUCUGAACAGCCUCUCGACCAAGGACAGCCUGCUGUCCAACCCGAGCCCCAAAGCCGCAAAAUCCCUGCUCGCGGUCGACACGUUCUCUCGGGCUUUCCCCUUCCACAUAAUCUUUAAUCGUGACCUUGAGAUCAUCCAGGCGGGCCGGGUCGUGCUGCGCGGGUUGGUGGCGUACAAGCAGCAGCACGGGAGGCUGUUGCUGCCGGACAUGUUCGACAUCGUAAGGCCGCGCGUCGAAUGCGACUUCACCGCUUUCAUCGAUCACACGCACGCCGUGUUCGUAGCCGCGUCGAAACGAGAUGUGUUCGACUUCGGUGGGAGGGCCCGGCGGGCAUCCGCGACGCCCGAAGAGGGAGGAGCGGAGGUGGAGACGCUGCGUCUGAAGGGACAGAUGAUAUACAUGGAGGAGAACGACUGCAUGGCAUUCCUCUGCUCUCCCCGCGUGCGCAGCCUGGAAGAGCUAGCGCAACACGGGCUCCACCUUUCGGACAUUCCGUGUCACGACAAGACGCGGACGAUGGUGUUGAUGAGUCAUGAGAGGCGGGGCGAGAGGAGCUUGAUGGACAGGUUAGAGGAGGCGUCCAUCUCUCUGCAGGUACUGCACGCGCAGCUUAACCAGGAGAAGGAACGAACCGUGGAGGUGCUAAUGGAGAUUCUUCCGUCUAACAUCGUUGCGUCGUUGCUGGAGAACAAAUCCGUGGACGCUGAGCAAUACGACAUGGUCUCCAUCCUCUACUCUGACGUCAUGGGCUUCACGGCCAUGUGUGCUAACCCGCUCGUGCGGCCCAUAGACGUCGUGCACAUGUGUGACAAGAUGUACAGCUAUUUCGACACGUUAGCCAUCACCAAUAACAUCUACAAGGUGGAGACUAUAGGUGACGCUUACGUCGCCGUUAGUGCCCUGCCCGUCUACACGGACACGCACGCCGAUCAGAUGGUUGCGAUGGGCCUCGGCAUGAUCCAAGCUACCAAGACGAUCAUGUCUCCUGCUGAGAAAACUCCGAUCAGGAUUCGUGUUGGUAUACACUCGGGGCCGACAACAGCGGGGGUGGUGGGUAGUAAGAUGCCGCGUUACUGCCUGUUCGGCAGCACGAACACCGUAGCUAACACAUGGAAGUGGUGGACAAGGACAUAG